UCUGUCUCUCUCUCUCUGUCUUUCGGUUAUUGUGUCGAUGAGACGAUGGGUAUCGAUGUGUGUGGAAGGGAGAGCGCGUGGCAGAGAGACAGAGCCACGGACCGGUCACACCCCCAUACACGAGCUUCCCGGUUGCGCACGUUACGAGAGGCUAUAAAAGCUGGCAUCUCGAGACAGUGGCAAUCAAGCAGCAAAUCAAUACAGCGUCGCGCGGCGAACCUCUGCAGACACGUGUAUUUUUUCAGUGGACUUUAUCGAGUGUUGUACGUUUUUCUUCCAUCAGGGGGACUUGUUGCAUUUAAACAGUGACAUUGUAUUUAUCCAGAUACAGGUCGUAUCUGUUAUUAACUGUCAUGCUGCUCCGGGUGUGGGCCAAACUCCCGUGGUUGCUCGCGCAGCUGCUCGCCAUGCUCUACUCCACUGUACAGGCGCGUGCGAAAAUAAACUCCAUCUCAACCGUGCUGCUCCGGGAGUCGCACGCGACGUCAGCCUAUAGGAGCACGGGCUCCCCGUUACCCGGCACCAUGAGGAAGAGCGGCAAGGUCCCCGACCAGGUGUACCCCUGUGGCAGCGACCUGGAAUGUGGCAAGGGGAGCUUUUGCCAGGCUCCCUCCAGAAACCCCUCCCCCCAACGAUGUCACACCUGCCGACAGAGGAAGAGGCGUUGUCAUAGAGACGCCAUGUGCUGCCCCGGCAACCAUUGUAGAAACAAUAUCUGUACCCCUCUCCCAGACAGUGUGAUGACACAUCAUAUCACUGAGUUAGAGGAACACACCAGACUGCCCCCAAAGAAGAAGGUUGGUUGGAAGAAGAGAGGGAGAGGUCAGACCAAGCUGCCCCCCAUCAAAGGUCAGCUGGGUGACCCGUGUCUCAGGUCUACAGAAUGUUCUGCCGGUCUGUGUUGUGCCCGUCACUUCUGGGACAGGAUCUGUAAGCCCGUGCUGAGGCACGGGGAGGUGUGUACGCGGCAUGGCAGGAAAGGACAGGAGCUGUUCCAACGCUGUGACUGUGGAGAGGGACUGGCCUGCCAAGCACUCCGUACAGCCCUGCCAUCUUCCUCACCGUCAUCGAAGUCGAUAGCAGCAGCAGCUAAAGCAAGAUUGUACUUGUGUCAGAGGGAGUGAGGAAAGGAGUGAGGAAAGGAGGGAAGGAGGGAAAGAAAAUAAAGACUCACCCAUCAGCUCCAUCUUCCCCCGAUGGAGAGGAGGAGGAGUCACCUGGAGAAGAGACCUCUAUCUCUACCUGUAGACUAACUCACCUGGAGAAGAGACCCUCUAUCUCUACCUGUAGACUGACUCACCUGGAGAAGAGACACCUAUCUCUACCUGUUAGACUGACUCACCUGGAGAAGAGAUCUCUAUCUCUACUGUAGACUGACUCACCUGGAGAAGAGACCUCUAUCUCUACCUGUAGACUGAUCACCUGGAGAGAGACACCUCUAUCUCUACCUGUAGACUGACUCACCUGGAGAAGACACCUCUAUCUCUACCUGAUACAUGUAUCACUAGCCCACUUUAAACAAUGCUACCUAAUAUGUUUACAUACCCCUACAUUAUUCAUCUCAUAUGCAUACGUAUAACUGUACUCUAUAUCAUCUACUGCAUCUUUAUGUAAUACAUGUAUCACUAGCCACUUAACUAUGCCACUUUGUUUACAUACUCAUCUCAUAUGUAUAUACUGCACUCAAUACCAUCUACUGUAUCUGCCUAUGCUGCUCUGUAGCCAUCACUCAUUCAUAUAUCUUUAUGUACAUAUUCUAUAUCCCCUUACACUUGUGUGUAUAAGGUAGUAGUUUUGGAAUUGUUAGCUAGAUUACUUGUUGGUUAUUACUGCAUUGUCGGAACUAGAAGCACAAGCAUUUCGCUACACUCGCAUUAACAUCUGCUAACCAUGUGUAUGUGACAAAUAAAAUUUGAUUUGAUUUAGACUGACUCACCUGCAGAAGAGACCUCUUUCUCUACCUGAAGACUGACUCUCCUGGAGAAGAGACCUCUAUCUCUACCUGUAGACUGACUCACCUGGAGAAGAGAUCUCUAUCUCUACCUGUAGACUGACUCACCUGGAGAAGAGACCUCUAUCUCUACCUGUAGACUGACUCACCUGGAGAAGAGACCUCUAUCUCUACCUGUAGACUGACUCACCUGGAGAAGAGAUCUCUACCUGUAGACUGACUCACCUGGAGAGA